UACGUCACAAAUCCUGCGCCUCCCGCUCCUCUUCGGGCCUGCGUUCGAACGGAAGGUCGUCCCUGUGACCGACUAGGUGGUUGGAGCAGCUGUCGCCAUGUUGUCGGUCGCUGCCCGCUCGGGCCCGUUCGCGCCCGUCCUAUCGGCCACGUCCCGCGGGGUGGCGGGCGCGCUUCGGCCCCUGUUGCAAGGCGCGGUGCCCGCCACCUCAGAACCACUUGUUCUGGACGCGAAACGACCCUUCCUGUGCCGCGAGUCGCUGAGUGGCCAAGCCGCGACCCGGCCUUUGGUGGCCGCGGUGGGCCUGAAUGUUCCUGCUUCUGUUCGUUAUUCCCAUACAGAUGUCAAGGUGCCCGACUUCUCUGACUAUCGUCGCGCUGAAGUUCUCGAUAGCACAAAAUCUUCUAAAGAGAGCAGUGAGGCUAGAAAAGGCUUCUCUUACUUGAUAACGGCAACAACUACUGUGGGUGUUGCAUAUGCAGCCAAAAAUGUGGUCUCCCAGUUCGUUUCCAGCAUGAGUGCUUCUGCUGAUGUGCUGGCCAUGUCGAAGAUCGAGAUCAAGUUGUCUGAUAUUCCAGAAGGAAAGAACAUGGCUUUUAAAUGGAGAGGCAAGCCUCUGUUUGUGCGCCAUAGAACCAAGAAGGAGAUUGACCAGGAAGCUGCCGUUGAAGUGUCCCAGUUAAGGGACCCACAGCAUGAUUUAGAGCGUGUAAAGAAACCUGAAUGGGUUAUUCUGAUAGGUGUCUGUACUCAUCUUGGUUGUGUACCCAUUGCAAAUGCAGGAGAUUUUGGUGGCUAUUAUUGCCCCUGCCAUGGGUCACACUAUGACGCCUCUGGCAGGAUCAGGAAGGGCCCUGCGCCUCUCAACCUGGAAGUGCCUACCUAUGAGUUCACCAGUGAUGAUGUAGUAGUUGUGGGUUAGACACUUGGACUCAGGGCCUAGGUUUCUUUCGGUCUUCAAGAGUUGAGAGUAAGCCUUGUGUACAUCUAGGUUGGGUGAUUUAAAAUAUUUAAGAAUUGUUAAUAAUGUAUUGGCAAACAUUGAUGUGAAGUAAUUGAAUUCCCUGUUAAAUAUUAUCAAGCAUUAGCGUAAUAAAAACACUGUUGAACAUCGCUAAAUUCAGUCACAGACUUGAAAGGUGCAGUGUCUUUGAUAGCUAAUUCUAAUAAAACAUUACAGAUUGUUGUACAAGAUA